AAUUUUUUGAUUAUAUAUUGUUGUAAAAGGUAUAUUUUUUUAUUUUAUAUAAUGAAUUUGUAUAACAUCCGUUCCUUUUUAUGGAAUGUUCUCGCUUUGAUUCAUGGGAUUCAUGGUGUGCAAGAUAUAUUUUCUUUCUAUUCUCGAACUAACGAAGAGAUGCCGAUCAGCGAUAAAAAUCGCAACCCUUCCGUGAAAUCAACCACACCAGCAUAUGCUAGGGGACUAUCUUCAAUUAACCAACACACGAAUCUCACAAAUUUGACUGCUCGAUACCUUAAACGGGACUUUGAAAUAGACGCACGGAUCAAGGAGAAAUGUGGAAGCAAAAACAGAGGAUUUGAAAUAUUCUGGAACAUUCCUACGAAUAUAUGUAAGAAUAAGACGGGCAAAGAAAUUCCUCUUCCUCCUUACGGAAUCGUAGCUAAUGAGAACCAACACUUUUUUGGCUCCAAGAUCAACGUAUUCUACCUAAGUAGGGGUCUGUGGCCCCAUUACAAACAAGAUAACAGGGGAAAAAUUUUAUACAAAAAAAAAAUUACCACUAAGAAAAACACAUUAUUCACCACUAAGAAAAAAACAUUAUUCACCACACGUAAUAAAAGGUCUAUAGAAAUUUUAAAGCUUAGAGAGAUCAACGGAGGCAUUCCUCAAAGUGGAAAUAUCGAUAAGCAUUUGAAAUUAUUCGCGGAAAGCGUGAAGAAGUUAAUACCGGACCCUUCGUUUCACGGUCUUGCGAUGAUCGAUUUUGAAGAAUACACACCGAGCCUUUACGUAUUAUCGGGAAAGCUCAAAGAUUUGUACAAGCAAAAAUCAUUGGAAUUCGCUAUAAAAAAACACCCAGAAAUAAAAGAUAGAAAUAGGUUGAAUGCUAUAAGUGCCAACCUUUUUAACUUGGCUGCUAGGAAUUAUUUCGAAUCUACCAUUGAAUUAGGAAAGCGAAUGAGACCCAAUGCUAAAUGGGGCUAUUAUGGAUAUCCUUAUUGUUACAAAGGUAAAUUCGACAAUUUAAAUUGUUCAGAUAGCAUGGUUGCAAUGAACAACAAAAAUUUAUGGUUGUACAAAGCCUCCACAGCACUUUACCCCACCAUUUAUCUGAACAGCAAACCGUUUCCCAGACCCAUAGAUGCUGGUAUUUGGAUACAUAAAGUAUACCAAGAGGUUAACAGGAUACGCAAAGUCGCCCAUAAAUAUUUGCCGGCUUACCCUUAUUUUAGGUUCGAGUACCGAGCAGAAGAAGGCGCAAAAUAUGAAAAAUACCUUAGAAUGAAGGAUUUAAAGUUUUCCUUCAAGCAGGCACUGGACAUGGGGAUGGAUGGAAUAAUUAUUUGGGCAUCCUCGAAAAAAUUAUCAGCCAAAUGUUCAAACAUCAGCCGUUACGUGAAAGAUUAUUUAGGCCCCAUAUCGAAUAUUAGCAUACAUUUUGCCAAAGUUUGCAGAACGGUACUAUCCUGUUGUAAUGACUCCAUCGCAGCCCCGGAUCGAAAUUCCUCUUUAGCCAAUUACCAACCAGAGGAAAGCAAAUGUGUCAAGAUUGAUUCCAAGAACAUGGAUUAUAUAAAAAAGAUUUUGCAUUCCACUGAUCACAUUAAUUUGAUUUACCCCCAAAGUUACGAUAAAAUCAAAGCUCAAUACAGAUGCGUUACCAAUUUCGUUUCCAUAAAUAGUCAUUUGUCAAAUGGGUAUGAUUUAACGCACGUAAGCACAAUACAAAUAGAAGAGACCUUGAGAACAGGACAUAUGCCCGGUGCGGAACUUACGCAUUUUUUUUUCUUUCUUUUCUUUUGGGGAAAGAAGGCGGCAGUUUUCUAUAGUUUAGUUCUGUUUUUCAGAAUCUCACAAUUUAUUGUGCCAAUAAUGAUUAUGAAGGUAUUCUCAUCUCUCCUGGAACUUCGAGCUACCCUUUACUAUUUAUAUUAUACCUUAGCAUUGAUUCACACGAUAAAUGGAUUUUGCGCCUUAUAUUUAGAUCGGGAAUCUAAUGAAGAAAAAAAAGAUAUGCUAGUAGCCAGCGAUACAAGUCUAGAUUUUUCCGAAUCGUUCGCGACAACAUUAGAUGACGUCGAAUGGGUCAAGGCCAUCGAUUUUGACGAAUCCAAAUUUCCCGAUAACGGAAGAUACCUCAUAAGCGCUAACCCGUCUUCCAUCUUCCCGUCCAGGAAAGAUGACUCCUCGAACUCCAAGGAUCAAAAUAUUUCGCUGGAGGAAAAGGAAGCAAUUUUACGAGUCUACGAUAGCCAGAUCAAAAAUAUAUUCGGCGUAUCGAGACCCAAGGAAAUUCGAGAUUUCAUAACGCCCUCCUACACUUUGCUACCCCCACGUUCCAUAAAUACGAACGAACUUUUCACUCAACCCGAUAAUCACUCAGCUCGAGAGGUUGAAUCAGCCCUCAAACCGGGUUCCAAAAGAGGAACGUUGUCGGAUACGGGAGAGGGUGACGAAAAUAUAAAUGCCGGAUUUAAAACUUUCUGGAACAUUCCCACGGACGUGUGCAGAGACAAGUUGGGUGUAGAAAUACCCCUUUCCACCUACGGGAUCAUCGCUAACGAGGAACAAAAGUUCUUCGGCUCCAAGAUCAGCAUCUUUUAUCUCAGGGAAGGUCUAUGGCCCCAUUACAAGAAUUCGGAUGCGAGAGCUAAUAAGAGAGUGACUUCCGGGAAAAUUAUAUCCAAGGAAAUAUUGUUUGGAGAAAACGACAACGACACGCUGUCCGAGCUUAUAGAAAUCAAUGGGGGCAUCCCUCAAAGAGGAGACCUUGAAACGCAUUUGAAAUCAUUCGCGGAAAGCGUAAGGAAACUCAUACCGGACUCUGGAUUCGAUGGAAUGGCGGUGAUCGAUUUCGAGGAAUACACCCUGAGUCUUAAGGUAUUAGAAGGCAAGCUCAGAGACGUCUAUAAGCAAAAAUCGAUGGAAUUCGCCAAGGAACAGAAUCCGGACGUGACUGACGUGAAGGAGUUGAAAGACAUAAGCGCCAAACUUUUUAACUCGGCUGCUAGGCUCUUCUUCGAAUCGACCCUUAAAUUGGGGAUUCAAAUGCGACCGAACGCUAAAUGGGGAUAUUACGGUUUCCCUUAUUGUUACAAAAAUGAGUUGGACAAUUUGAAGUGUUGCGAACGUAUGUCUACAAUGAACGAUGAAAAUUUAUGGUUGUAUGAAGCCUCCACCGCACUCUUUCCCGCUAUUUACAUCUACAAUAAACCGUUGCCCCGACCUAUGGACCCCGGCAUUUGGAUACAUAAAAUAUACAACGAGGUUAACAGGCUACGCGAUAAAGUGAAAUCCAAAUAUUUGCCGGUUUACCCCUAUUUCCGAUUCGAGUACCCUGCAGAAGAGGGCCAAAAAUAUGAACCAUAUCUCGAAAUCAAGGACUUAAAAUUCUCCUACAAGCAAGCAUUGGAUAUGGGGAUGGAUGGCAUGAUUAUAUGGGCAUCCUCCAAAAGAUUAGAAGAUAAAUGUCAAAACAUCAGCCAAUAUUUGAAAGAUUAUCUGGGCCCCAUGUCAAGGAUUAGCAAGCUCUUCGCCAAAAAUUGUCAAUCACUGAUGUGCCAUAACCCUGUCGCGAACGCCAAAUCUGAAUCCGGCACUUACGACUCGUACAAGGGCAGAAAUUCGCAUUCAUUCAGGUACGAGCCCGUGGAGGGUAAAUGCGUCAAAAUCGAUUUCGAUAAUCUCAAUUAUAUUCACAAAAUUUUGCAUUCGACCGACCAUAUAAACUCGACUUACCCCAAAAGGCCCGAUAAAAUCAAAUCUCAAUACAAAUGCAAGCGUAUUUCAAAUACUUAAUUAUACGGUGCAAAUGUCCUAAGAUAAAAACGCUACAAAUUUUGGCGGUUGCGUCUUUUGGACAUAGGUUAAAUUGUUAGAUGAACUAUAUGUAAAAAAAAAUAAUCUCAUUUCACAUCUUAUUAUUAUUAUUAAUUUUUUUUUAAAAAAUAUUCUUUAAAAGAUUAUGAUAUAUUAGUUGUUAUAUAAAAAUUAUAAUAUAUAAUAUUUAAAAUUAUAAAAAAAACACAUCUAGUCGAGC